AUGGUGAAUGUAGGCGGAACUACCUUUUCAUUUCCAAAUCAUGCCGAGUGUGGAAAGUGGCUAGCAAGUAAUUCUAGAGGCUUGACUACAAGAAGAGGUUUAGAUUUAGAUGGUUUGGGUGCCAUCAAGGCCUCAGGAGAUUUUAAAGUUCCUCAGGUUUUAAAGUUCCAACAGGUUUGUUGCAGGACUUUGCAACAAAAUCAAGCCAGAACUCAAGUACUGAGGUGGCUGAACCCAGGUCCAUCUUACCCCACUGGCCUCAACCCUCGUGCCGUUCUGCUGGCCACAACAGAACAAGAGAGGCGCCCCCAAGGAGGACAGCUGGAUGAGCCUUUUGGAAAGCCAGCGGUAAAAAAGGGUAAAAAAAUACAAUUUUUUCUUUAUUUUUUUUUUAACAGCCUUCUAGGUGUCCCCAUUGCAUAUGAUAACAUUAAAGUAGUGGGUGAACUGGGAGAUAUUUAUGAUGAUCAAGGACACAUUCAUCUUAAUAUUGAAGCCGAUUUCAUUAUCUUCUGUCCUGAACCAGGGCAGAAGCUUAUGGGUAUAGUUAAUAAAAUGUCUUCCAGCCACAUUGGCUGUUUAGUACAUGGGUGUUUCAAUGCCUCCAUCCCUAAACCUGAGCAGAUGCCAACUGAGCAGUGGCAGACCCUGGAGAUAAAUGUGGGCGAUGAACUAGAAUUUGAAGUAUUUCGUUUAGACUCAGACGCUGCUGGAGUAUUCUGCAUUCGGGGAAAACUAAAUAUCACCAGCUCAGAAACCGAGUGCCCUGCAAAUUCCGAAGAAGUAACAGAAACUGGGACUGAAGAAGCUGUUGAAAAACCUCCAAAGAAGAAGAAGAAGAAAAAGAAAGAGCCAGAUGAAGUUGAGGGUGGUGCCACGGAGCUAGCAGAUCUCUCAGAUGUCACUGGGAGGGAAGAGACAGACCUGCAGGUAGAUAAUAAUGUGAAUGGGCUCUGGGAGGAAGAGCCAAAGAAGAAGAAGAAGAAGAAAAAGAAGAAAGACCCAGAGCCAGAUGAAGUAGAAGGUGGUACCACUGAGCUAGCUACUGUCGCAGAAGUCGCCUUGAGGGAAGAGACACACUUGCAGGUGGAUAACACCAUGAAUGUGAAUGGCCUCUGGGAGGAAGAACCAAAGAAGAAGAAAAAGAAAAAGAAGAAAGACCCAGAGCCAGAUGAAGUGGAGGGCGGUGUCACUGAGCUAGCAGAUGUCCCAGAUGUCGCCUUGAGGGAAGAGACGGGCCUGCAGGUCGAUAAUGUGCACAGUGGCCUCUGGGAGGAGGAGCCAAAGAGGAAGCACCAGGAAGGUCAGAACCAGGACCCUGUUUUUCUGGGCAGUGACUCCAGUGGUUACCAGAGUGACCAUAAAAAGAAGAAAAAGAAAAGAAAGCACCGUGAGGAGGCUGACUUGGCCCCACUUUUGGAACACUCUCCUAAAAAGAAAAGGAAAAGAGAUUUUCUUUAGUACAUUGUAAAUACGAUUGUUUUAAAAGAUUGAUUUAUACACAGUAGAUGAAAUGUUUGAAUAAUAUGAAAUAAUUCUCAAAACAGGAAACUAUUAAACUGCCAUUUUAUUGUAUACAGAGUGAAAGGUAAGAUCUCUCAGUCUUAACUUUGGCAUUUUUCUAGUUUUUACAUUCUAAAUAAAAUUAUUUCUACAAACUCAAUACCAGCAAAAGGACUUUAUAAUACAGUGUUAUAUCAUUAAAGAGUCAAUUUGAGCUUGGA